ACUGACUUUCCGUUGUUGCAUUCGGUUGCUUAGCGACGCAUGACAACAAACGGAAGUUUUGGAAACGGAACGCCCAAGUGUUGAAAUCUGAUCAUUUAAGAAAUGGCUGUGCCUUUCUCGAACAUCACCCUAAAAGUUCCACAUGGAUUCAAGAACGUCCUAGAGGGACUCGCCAGGGAGGUACUGAGAGAUCAACCGGAAAACAUCCCCGCAUUUGCUGCAAAGUACUUCACAACACUUCUGCAGAAAAGAGAGGAAAGUGGCCUGGAUCCAGCUAAAUGGGUUGAACUAAUGGAGCACAGGUUCUCCACAAAUGAGGAUGCAGUAAACCAGGAAAAAAGCAGCCCGGACAAAGAAACUGGAAGCCCUGUGUAUGAAGACAAAGUUUUUCAUGAUGAUUCAUAUGAAAAUAAUGAAGACGAAAUUACCCAGCUGACUCAGAUCUCCUCUCCGUCAUCUGAGAUCCUUGAUACCUCUAAAAGCAAUGAAGAGACAGAACCACAGUCAAACAAUAAGUUAAAUAAAUCAAAGGAUGAAUCAGGGGCAACUGAUUCUCAACUUAAUCUGGGUUUCUCAUACAAAGGAACUGCAGAUGUUGAUAUAUGUGCUGAAGAGCUAAAUAAAAUGGAAAUGGCUGAGGAGAAAAUUCUAGAAAACAUACAGGGGCCUGCCAGUGUCGAUGAAAAGAAUGAGGCCCCAGAAAAAGAGCUCGAUCCCAUAACUCGGUCAUCAUAUCGUGGUCUUGCAGAUGUAGAUGUGUGCUCUGAAGAACUGCAGUCUACUUCACAUGAGGAGGAACACACUGAGGGUGGCAAAGAUGGGACUGCGACCGAUGCGAGUGUUAUCCCUCCUUCAGAAAGCCCAGUCGAGCAAGAUGUCCUAGAUACCCAGGAUGAGUGCACUCCAUCUGGUACGGAGACUUCAUUUUAUGUUGAACAGGAUGCUGAUGAAGAAUUAAAUGAGGUUUCGUAUACUGAAAAAACAAUUGCUUCCUCUGUUAAAGAGGAUGCAGGAGAAACUGGUCAUCUGUCUGAGGAUGCCAGAGAAAUGAGUAAUACUUUGGUUGAUGAUACCGGCCCAGAAAUUCAUACUGCUGAUCAGCUACAUGUAAACGAAACAGCAGAAAGUAUCGGUGUGUCAGAAGUGGCAAAAACUUUUGAUGAAAAAUAUACAGAUGAAGUACCACUGGGGUUUGAAAACCAGCAAGCAAGUGACAUUUUGUCAGCUAAAGCUACAAGUGAAUCAUUGUUCACUGUAGAAAAAGCCAGUCUAGCAGACUGGAGCAGCGAAGAUAGACCAGGAGCGGAUGAUUUGGCAAAAGUAACAUCUGAAGUUCAGGAAGGAAAUAAUGAUAGUAAAAGUGUCACUGAGUUCCCUGCUGCCAGUGGCUUUUCAUUUGAGGACGUGAACAAAGAUGACACUAGGACAUCUCAGCAGGAUGCAGAUGAAGUUGAGGAGAUAAAUGAAAUUGAGAAAGAAAAUAAUGAUGUGAAUGAGCCAGAGACACAGGAAGACGAUUUGUCUCGCAGGCCAUUAUCUCAGGAAUCUAACAAAGCUCUUCUUAUUCCUACAUCUGAGCAAACUGAGCAGCACAUGGAGGUCACCGAUAAACAAGCUGCUACAGGUUCACAAGAGAACACAGAGGAACCUGAGACAGCUAUUGAUUAUAAAGAGUCUGAACACCAAGAAGACAUAGCCCAUGAGGCCACACUGGACACUGAGAACAAGGAGGCGGACCAACAGGCGCUCUCCCCCGCUCCUUCUUUCCGCCCACCUCAGCUCGAGAAUAAUAAGCAGAGCUGGGUGAGAGGCGCGCGCGCUCCAAUCUCCCUGUCAUCACAUUUAUCGUCUAUUAGUCCGGUACAGAACACAUUUAUCAGCAUGGAUUGCCACUGCGAGGAGAGCAACCAGCCGCAGGAGGAAGAGGACAUCAUGGACAUCCCCCUGGAUGACCCAGAGGCCAACAAGGCAGCCGCCAAGAUCCAGGCAGGUUUCCGAGGCCACAUGACCCGGAAGAAGUUGAAACCCGGUGAUAAGCCCGGGGAGGAGGUGAGCAGCACUGGUGAGACUCUCAACGGGAGCCAGGGGGACGCAGGAGGAUCAGAAGGAGUAGAGACAGAUGAGACAUCCGUGCCGGAGCAGUGAGGAUUCUUCACUCUGGGGACGGCAGUUCCUGGAGACGUACCUUUUUAUGUAGGGACAAGCCGUAGUCAUAGGUUGGAUCUCAUUAAUCAGAAAUAAUAUCUCUCAUUCUUUAUAUUGAGUCUAUUUCUCUCACUCUUUCUCUCUAUUUCCCUCUCUCUACCUAGUCCUCAUUUUUCUUUAUUUUCUGCUUCUUAUCCAGUCUAAGGGAAAUAACUGUCCCAAACCAGCAUGCAUUGGCAUCUCACUGGGCAUGAACUUGGUGCACUUGUACUCUUACUGAUUGUUUGCUAGUCCAAGUGUUGGUGUGAAAGCAACAAGGAAUGCCCGUAAAAGUUUAAACAUUGUACUGCUCGAUUCAGAUAUAUUUUAGACUUGAAUUUAUGUAUCACAGCCGUCUUUUGUAUUUGCUAUUUGCUUGAAAAUUUGCCUUGUUGUAGUGGUUAUUAUAUAGUAUUCAUUAUGUUUAAAUACUUUAGGAUAUUUUUUUUGUCUGUGUUUAUAAUUUAUUGAAUGCUACUCUAUAUUAAUUCCUCUUAUAAAUCUGCUUUACCUUAUGAUAAUCUGUUAAAUGUUUGCUUUGCUCCCUUUAAUAUUAACUUCUCACUCUGUAGAAUCAGAUUAAAAAAAAAGGAUAAUCAGAGCUUCCAAAACAGCAGUUAGCAUGGCUAGCCUUCUGUUCUUUCUUUCUUUCUUUUUUUCUUUUUUUUAAUAAUCAAAGUUGCUGUAUUUUAAGGAGUUUAAGAAUUUUGAUUUGACUUGGAAUGUAUGUUUUAUUAAUGGUUAUGAAGAUCAGCUUGCAUGUACACAAUGGAAUGAAGCAUUAGCAGUACCCUUAAUAAAGCGCUCUGAAAUGUU